UUUCAUCUCAUAUGAUAGUUCAAAAUGGCCCCAAAACGCAAGUGGCAGGAAGGUCAGGAAGAUGCUCUGCCUACUAUUAUAAGGGCUAAGCCGGGAACGAAGGCCUUUGCAUCAGGGAAGUCGGUCAAAGAUGCCCUCGCGACUGGCUCCCCUCAAGCCUUUGUUUCUUUCAGACAGCAGAUUGUAACUCCAUAUUCCGAAUUACCCCUUUCCAUCAACCACCCAACUGUGAUUAUCCUGCAACAUUACCUCGACAUCUCCCCAGCUUGCGAUGAGAUCUUUCGAGCAUGGCAAGUCGGAGAGCAGACAAAGAGCGAGCAGCAAGUUCAUGCCGCUGUGGAACUGCUUUCUGAGAUUAUUCAAGUGUUGACACCCGUGCCUUUCUUCCGUUCAAUUGUGAUUGGUCUCGUCAACAAAGUCAUCUCUCCUUCUGAACCCUAUCACGACCAUAUCAACCAUCUCAUCCAAUCUGGCAAACGAGACGAUGUCUAUCACGGUCUUCUUUUGUCGGCCGUAUCUAUGUCUGUUGACCCUCCUUCCACGUCUUCGAUGUCGGGUAGACUCGGUAUGAAGUUUUGGAACACCCUUGUAGAAGGAGGCUCCGUUAGAGGAUUUGGGAAGCAGAUGGGUAUGAGAAGACGAAACAAAGAGGGGAUGGUUGGAUAUGGCGACCGAGAUCCACUUGACAAACCAGAUAUUCGUCACCUCAUCCUCCGGAUCAUCCUCCCUCUUUUCCCUUCGCCUUCAUUCCAGCCUCAUGCUAAAAUCAUUCUCCCUCCAUUAUAUUCCAACCUUGCCGCUGAUCCUCCUAUAACUGUCCUCCGCAUCUUGACAGCCCUCUGGGCAGCAAUCUCUUCCCCUUCAUUUGGAUUAAACCGACGAGUUAGUUUGGUUCUUUUCCAAGAAAGAAGCAUUGAAGCCCUUUGGGGUCAAUUGGGAAGAGAUGAUGUAGAAGGCAAAAGUGGUAAAAAAGUCGGCGAGUUGGUGCGCGCUUUCCUCGAAGGUAUCACCGCUACCCCAGGAAAAGGUGUAUGUUUCCCUGAUGAAGGAUGGUACCCUCGUCGAAUGGAUGACUCCAAGGAAGGUGAUAAUAAGGUCGGAGAUGGAGGAGAUACUUGGAGAAAAGGUUUACAUAACAGAAUUCUAGGGAACGUAGUGCGAAAGGUGGGAAAUAAGGUGGUUGAUGAUGAAGGAAUUGUGGGCGAAUGGAUGAUUGAAGUAUUCAGGGCUUGUCCUGAGCUUGUCUCUGGAUAUUGGGCACACUCUGCACUGUCUCUCGAACCUCGUCUCAACGUUCGAUGGAUGGCGACCAUGUCUUACGUUGGUCGUAUCAUCUCCCUUCCCAUCCCUCCCCUUCAAACUUUCCGACAACCCGUUCCUGCAGGCACCGACCCCUCCUUUUCCCCAUUUCGAACUGCACCCCCUCAGGCGUCAACGAUCGUCGAAAGUGUCUUACCUGCACCCUUCACGAAAUCUCACUUGAUGAAAGGUCUCCAACAUACCGAAGGGAUAGUCCAACAUAUGACUGCUGUCACUCUCUCUCGUGCCCUUGCGAAACUCGGCCAAGUCCAAGAACUCUUUUCGUUCAUUGAAUCAGAGCUCUACCCUAACGGGCAACCUGAUAACCCAUGGGCAAGAAGGCAGAGAGAGCUCGAAAUGGAAGUAAGGAAACGUUUACCAGAGCUGGCAGUCAUUGUUGCAUUUGCGCAAAAGUCUGCCCAACUUGCGCCUGCAGAGCCGGAUCCUGAUAGCGAAGAAGAUCGAGCUCUUGUCACAAAGUCCGCAAUGCUCACUGAGCUGGCUCUUCGAAUAUUUUCUUUGUGCAACAGAACUCUCCCCUCGAUGGCUUCUGAGCUCAAGUUUGAUGUCGGUCGUCUCCUCGUCUCGUCUUCGAGUGCAAAACAGGAGAAGAAGGAGAAACAGCAGGCGAGAGAAGGAAGUGUUAUUGGAGAUGACGUGCAAAGUGUAAAAUCCAUUGGUACUGUGGGCAGUAAGGGGACUAUCGGUAUGCGAGGAGGUUUCGGUCAAUCAAGAGGAGAGGUGGAAGGCUUUGAAGCUCUUAGUCAAGUCCAUGUGCUUGAGUUGCUAGGGGAGGUUAGAGAUUGGAAUUGGAGCAAUAAAGCUGCGGGAUCUCAAUACACUUACCUCUACCACAUUCUCCUUCUUCACCUCUCCACUCCCCAAUCGGUAACCUACUCCAAAACAACUGCUCUUCUCUCCCACCUUUUACUACCCACCCUCUUAUUCGAACACGACCCUGAGGAACUCCCCAUUUGGCUGGAUGCGAUGCCUAAGAAGGUCAGAGAAGCUGGACCUAUGCUGUUCGCUCAGCAGAUUCAGCUUUUGGCUUUCUUGGAUGACUGUUUCAGGAGAUGUUUGAAGACGCCUUACCGAUACAUUGAAGACACCCUCGCUCUCUCCCCUUCUUCAACCCCUGAUCUUCAGAGCAAUUCUAAGGAGAUGGUUAGCCCUCUCAUGAUGACCAUCCUUGAGCAGCUCUCUGCAAAGCUUAUGGGUCAGCUCAUUUCCACGGAAGCUGCCUGCAUCAUUGUCAACUAUCUCCGUCGAGUAGUCCUAGGUUUGGUGGGCAAGCAACGAGAAUUGAGUUGGUUGUUGGCUGUGUUGAACAGGCUAGAGGAAUGUGUGAAGAAGGCGAAGGAGGCCGGGCAAGAGAGGAAAGGCUUGGAGGAAUGCGUUCAAGUGAUAAAAGGCGAUUUCGAUGUGAUCAGGGGCAAAUCCGAACCUACCGACGAGCAAGAUCCUUCUCUUCCUCAACUUCUUGACCACCGUGAAUGGUCGUCGUCUUCCUUCGAGUACCAAGCACUUUUCAUUGGUCGACCGUCAACAUUGUCAUCCUUAAUUUUUCUUAUUGAAAGAAAAGAUGCUUCCAUCCUCCUUCAUGUCAAUUUUCUCAUUCAUCUCAACAUUCUUCAGCCAUCGUCUACUUCUGCUAUCAAAAACCAGGAUAGUACCCAGGCCGUACUGAUUCUCUUCGCCAGGUCUCUGGAGAACUUGGAAGGUGCAAGCAAGUGGCAAGAUCAGAUCAAGAGGAAUGUGUUUGGUGACCUUGGUUCAAGAAAGUUACUCUUUAGCGAAGAUGGUCACGAGUUUAGAGAUAGCCUGAACACUCUGAUCAGGCACUUGAUCUUUGGAAAGUCGACGGAUGAGGAGAUCGCUCAAGGGUUUGUCGAUGGUUGUGUGGAAUUGCUCGACAAUGACAAGGAAGGGAAGAAGGUAGAUCAAAAUCUCAGCCUAUUAGCUCCCUGGGUCCGAUUUCUUACGCCUUCUCAAGCAUCUCAAAUAUCCCAAAUCCUCUUCCGCUACAAGAACCCUGUCCUUUUUUCUCAUGCUCUUCUGCUCUCGGAUAUCAUCACAUCAACCAAGUCACCUGCAUUUGCCGUUGAGCAUUUGGGCAAACUGGGAGAGUUGGGAGUCGUGGGGGCAGUAAUCAGACUCGUCGACGACGCCGUAAAGGAUAGGAAGUCUAGUGAAGAGCUGACUAGCCUCAAAAUCAAGCGCGAGACAAUCCAACUGCUUCUCAAUCUUGCUAGCAACGACUCCAUCUCUUUACUGGUCAGAUUGAUCCAGGCAAAUUCUUCUGCGGCCGAGGUGACAUCCUCUGCAUUGCAAGAAGACGAAGCUUUAACAAACGACAGAAGGUUAUUGCCGGUGGCUGAGGCUCUUUUUGUUCUAGGGCUUGAUGUCGGAAAGGCCAGUAUCAUUGGUGGUGUCGCUUUGGAGACGAUUGCUUCCGAACAGGACGAAAAGGUCCAGGGCGCAGCAAUCGAAGUAUUGGUCCGUUUGGCUGAAUCUGCAUCCAACGAGAUCGUUGAGAUCCUCUCUACGGUUCAGUUGUCCUCUUUCAACUCCACUUUCAUGCGAUUCAUGGAACGCCUUGCUCACAUAUGCGGGACGAAAAUCGAGCUGCUGGAAAGCAUUUGUCAUCUGAUUGGUUUGGGAUUGCAAUAUGCUGUCAGACUCUGUUCUAAUCUGAAAGACAUGAAUGAAGAAAGUGCCACAGCUUUGAAGAGUCUCGAACAAUCAAUCGAAGUUGUUGACCAAGAUCGACUCCAGUUGCAAGUUGCGUUGGUCGAACCUGUCAUCACUGCUGUUAUUCAAGACAGGCUAGAAAUUGCUGAAGCUGUAGGUCUAGCCACGCUUCUUGCUGUCCGUGUCGAAUUAAAGGCAAGUUUCCUUCGACAACAACUCCAAGCCAUCUACGCUUCCACCACCUACACUCGCUGCACCAACAGCUCUUGCCCGCCCCAUAUUCGUCUCCACUUUAUUCGUCUCCUCCAUAGACUUUUUGCCUCAUCGACCUAUGUGUCUUGUCAGCCUCCAUUUAUCGAACCUCUGAUUUUACUGUACCGCGGCACGACUUCUGAAGUGGAUAGGCGAGUGUUGCACAUGCUGCAAUUGUUCGAAGGCUAUAGGAAAAUUUCGCUUGCCAGCGUUAUGAGGUAUUGGAACGCGAGUGGAGUACUUGGUAUCGGAGGCAAGUCCUUGGAUGCCUUGACAAGUUUGGACCCUCAAAAGACGUUUGCAACCUGUCAAGCAUACCCUCUUCAUCGAAAGCUCCGUGGAUGGGGCAAGAUCGCAACUGACCCCGAGGAAGGCGAGGAAUUGUAUGAUCCUGUUUUCGUCAUGGGACUCUUCAUUGCUUCUAUGCAUGAAGGCAUGAGAGGUUUGGACUGGGUCGAAGUAUUGAGGAGCAACGUUCUAGGUUUGACUGUUUGCGGACUGUCAUCUAGGGACAGAGAAGUGAGAAGUGUAGCUUCGUAUGCUUUGGCCAAAACAAUGAGUCUCAUUGAGACCACUGGUUUUUUUGAACGAGCGCAACUCAUAUACACCCUUCGACUUCUUCGACAUGCUCUUCCUACGUCAACAUCUCGUCUACCAGUACUCUCUACACUCUUUUUCGCUUACGCCCUUCGCUCCCUUGCGAACCCUUCUCAUUUCUUUUAUCCUCUGUCUUCUCGCUUCCUAUUACAAAGAUCUGUCUUCGACAGCGAAGACACCCCAUUGCUUUAUGGAAUGCUUUACGCCAACGGAGAAGGGUGGAAGAGGGAAAGAAGUUGGAUGGUUAGAUUCUUGAAGGAGGGUGUCAGAAGUGAAGCAGAUUGGAGAGUCAUCAGAAGAAGAAAAGUAUGGUCGUUGAUGGCUACUUUGUUCAUUGAAUCACUUGAUCCUGUUUUCCGUCGGUCAAUUCUGCAGACCAUGUCGAGUAUCCUUCUCAUCCCUGCUGCCGCCUCAUCGCUCGUCCUGCGUGACGGUCUCUUUGUUUGGUUGGACAUGCAGUGGACCACCAUCUCCGCAUACCACGCUUCACUUCCUAUAUCCUCCAAGUCCGGCGUUAGAGGCCAACGUGCGCAAGCUUGGGAGCAGGAGGAGAAGAAUUUGCUGCUGGAAAUCGCAGAAAGGGCGUGCAAGGCCAUUGCAUCGGCUGAAAAGGAGCGAGUAAAAGAGGGUAAGGAUCUGAGAGGCUGGACGAAGCAGUUGGAGGCAUUCUUGACAACUGUCUUAAGUGACGCAGACGGCGAGAAACUGGAGGUUGCAUCAAAAAUUCUUUACAGUGUAUCCCAAAUUCCUGUCGAUACCACCACUACUGAACUUUUGCCGCUCUUUGUGGACAGGCUGUCCUCAACCGGACCUGUGGCAUCGGCGCUCCCGAACAUUAUCUCCUGCCUCUUCGCUGCCGGCUUGAAUGUCAAGCCAACUGAUGUUCGUGAGAAAGAUGAUCUGGCGAAGGCGUUGGGCGAGGUGAGAUGGCGCGUCGAGCAGGGUGACGCGGGUAAUUAUUUGAAAGGUUGGGUUCGAAGAGAGAGACAGUUGACAGAACGGAUGAAUUAAUGUGCAAGAGGAGAUAUCACAGCAAUUGAUAGAAAUCUUGUCAUGUAUUUGCAUAUCUGUAC